AUGCACCCUUUUUCCGUCGUCACCCUUGCCAUCUUUGUAGCUGGCUACGGUACUGCUCGAUGGGAUCUUGUCACACGUCUCUAUGAGCUUGCACUCUUUGCCUGGGAUAAGGGAGUUAUUACUCGCGCCGCGCAAGGAUUCGCCUUCUUGACACUGGUCUUCUUGGUCGUCUUUCUACCUGUGCAUCAUCUCGCCCGACUCGAAUCUCAAUUGGUACGACGCCCACUUUGUUGCGCCUCGACGCUCCGAGACAUUGCGCUUGGCAUCAAUGCCAGUGAUCGUCCUUUCUAG